UAGCGUCGUGUGUCUAUAAAUCCGUAGUUCUGAUUGGAUUAAUAUAAGUCAACAUGUUUAAUAAAGGGGAACGCGGAUCAAUUCAAGGCACAAGUGAUAUGGUCAUGAACACUGAAGGGUCGUCCACCCAUCACUUUUUGAGCGUCUUGCUCUAACCGUUGGGAGGCGGCACCGCCUUUACUUCCUCAAUCCCAAUCCUCCUUAGGGCGGUGGUUGGGGGCUGGGGACUCAUCCAUACCGGCCCCAGGGUAGAGACGGCAUUCUAGGACAUUUUUUCUCCGAGAAACGAAAACUAUUUGGAGGGUUUGGCGGUACGAGACUAAAGCAUGGCUGCUCUUUCAGCCUGGUUUUGGAACGAACGGUUUUGGCUGCCGCACAACGUGACCUGGGCGGACCUCGCAGACCCGGCUCCCGGGGUGGAGUAUCCUAAAGCCCGGCACUUGCUGUCCGCUCUACCCCUGGCUUUGUUGAUAUCGGUCGUGAGAAUACUCUUCGAGAGAUAUGUGGCCAGCCCCUGUGCCCGGAGCCUCCAUCUCCAGGCAGAGAUCAGCUGGAGGGCCCAGCCCAACGCUGUGCUGGAGAAGGUGUACAUGUCCAUCACAAAGGACCCAGACCCGCGCCACCUGGAUGGCCUCUCCAAGCAGCUGGACUGGCAGGUGAGGAAGGUCCAGCGAUGGUUCAGACGCCGCAGGAACCAGGACAAGCCCAGCACGCACGCCAAGUUCUGCGAGAGCAUGUGGAGGUUAACAUUUUAUCUCUGUAUAUUUACCUAUGGAAUCCAGUUUCUUUGGCGGUGCCCCUGGAUGUGGGACACGAGGCACUGCUGGUACAACUAUCCAUAUCAGGUCCUGACUCCAGGGCUGUAUUACUACUAUGGGAUGGAGCUGGCCUUCUAUUGGUCGCUCAUGUUCUCCCAGUUUACUGACAUUAAAAGGAAGGACUUCCUGGUCAUGUUCAUCCACCACAUGGCCACGGUGAGCCUCAUCAGUUUCUCCUACGCCAACAACAUGCUGCGUGUGGGCAGCCUGGUCAUGAGCGUCCACGACGCCUCCGACUUCCUGCUAGAGGCAGCCAAGCUCGCCAACUACGCCCAAUACCAGCGCCUCUGUGACAUCCUAUUCAUCCUCUUCAGUGUUGCCUUCUUCCUCACGCGCCUCGUCAUAUUUCCAUUAUGGAUCCUGAACACCACUCUGUUUGAGAGCUGGGCCAUCAUCGGCCCGUACCCAUCCUGGUGGCUCUUCAAUUCCCUGCUGCUGGUGCUGCAAGUGCUCCAUGUCAUCUGGUCCUACCUGAUAGCACGCAUAGCCCUCAAAGCUAUGCUCCGCGGCAAGGUGAGCAAGGACGUGCGCAGCGACAUCGAGAGCAGCUCGGAGGAGGAGGGAGAAGCGUCUAGGGCCUCCGUCGCCCGGGCCGUGCCCCACAACCCUCACUCUCCCAAGGCCGAGAACGGCACCAACGGCCACUGCACCUCCACUCAGUACAUGAACCACAGUGGCUGGUGACAUCCUCCUCCCCCACUCAUACAUGGCAACCACAGCCACACUAACAUGCUGCCAUGGAACAGCAGAAGGACCUUGAGGCCAGACACUGGGUUAUAAAAAAUAACAUAACAUUUACCUUAAUUACUUUAUAGUGAGGGGGUAGGGGAGGGUAAGUCGAUGACGGAAGAUUAACAUCUGUUGAAAGAAUGAUUUGUAUAUCCUGUUAUUAUGGCAUUUGAUUAGUCGUGUUUGUCUUAAUGGCGAGUUCUGCUGCAAAUUGCUUGCUUCUGGGUUCUCUUCCAGUUUUAUUGGUCAGAUGAAUUUGGGUUGUUUUGCUUUUUAAACACAUUAUAUAGAUAGAUAACUUUGUUUAUGAUUUUAUGCUACUUAUGUUUAAUAUUGCGGUCACUGCCUUUUGAAAUAUCCAGGUUUGAGAAAUGUACAUCUACAGUAUCAUAUACUUCAUUAAGUGCCUUGUAAAAAAACUAAUUGUAUUUCUUUAUGUGACAUUUAUUGACAUUUGUGUAUAUGUUUCUUACCUCCAAAGAAUAGACAUGUUUAUUGGUUGACAAUUAUUAUUUAUUUUACAACCAAUCAUAUCAUCUUGCAAUUAUUGAGGACAAUUGGUGUUCAUAAAACAGAUAUGAUUGGCAAUAUUUUCACC